AAUUAUAUACGUCUGCAAAAUACAAUUAUUGGAUGCUGAAUUAAAGAAAAAUAUGGCAGAGACAGACAUAAACAGCCCUCCUCGACCACGACGUGUUAUGGCAUUUGAUGUCCAUUCAACACCACAAGCAACAUGUGCAAAAGAUAAGGUGUCCAAAGAUCGUGAAGAUGCCGACAUGCUGAUGAAGUUUGAAGAUGGUUUGGUCGAUAGAGCCGUGUCCGACCUGCCAAAUAUCGCAUCUCAAGUAUUCUCACUUAAUAAAGACCAGAACAGUGAAAUAAAACGGCAGCAGAAACUUCUUGCUUUCGUACAAGACAAGGUGAAAGAAGGAGAAGAAAAAGUGAAUGAGAUAGAGUUGGAGAUAAAAUGUGUCAUGAACAAAAUCUUCAUGAAAGAAGAAGAGGGUAAAGACAGUAACAAGAGGAUUAAGCAGAUGGAUGCUGAAAUUAAGUCAUUGAUAACGAAAGUCAUCGAUAAGGAACAAGAAGUUUCACAAAAAAAGGAAAAUGCAGACCUGGAAAUAAGAAAUCUUCAAAAGCAACUGGAAAAAGUAGAAAACUACAAAGAAAAUGUUAAACAGUCUGAACAGGCGACAUCCACUGCUUUCAAUGAUUUACAGAAAGUGAAAGAAGAGGUUGAGGAACUGAAGAAACAAAAGGAAAUCCUGGACAAAGAUCCCGAGGAUACGGAGAGACUUGUGUCAGGCGUGGUUGAGAAAGAACUCUCGUCCGAAAUCGAAGAUUUCAAGUCACAGCUUCUUCAAGGAGGUAGUGAUGUCAAAUUAAACAUCAUUAAGGUGUGUAUCACUUUUUUUCAAGCAUUAACUUGA